AUGCACCCCACUGACUAUAAAAACGUUCUCUUCGCUCCUGUUCAAAAUGAAAGUGGAAUCGCCGUUGUGGUUCGGUUAAAAGGUUGUGCUAUUAUGCAGGCUGAAUUUAAUCGACUGUACUUCUUCCUCUAUUGCAAACAGAGGGACAGCCGUAUGAGUGCGACAGAGUAUAUGCGUCGUUUACGAAUAAUGAAGAUGUCUUUGGCUAUGGAGAUGCUCACAAGAGCUUAUAUUCGAUCAAAGGCGAAUUCUUCUUGUCCCCGAAUUCCGGGUAUUCAGAUACCCGAGGAUCAAAUCUUCUUUGUUCUGCUCAUCCAGAGCGUUUGUACAAAACCCGCGUACUCGGACAUUGGCCUUACUGAAAGUUGCGAAACUGCACUUCUUGCGGCAGAAUUAGCACCAACUUUUAUGUCUCUGGUUGGCUGCAAUUCCGAUCGCGCCGUUGCUCUCAGUCUAACCAACACUUCCACCGCCCCCACAUAUAUCAUACCGGCCAAAUGUUUUAAGUAA